CCAUUGCGGCUUUCAUUUUUGUUGAAGAGCGUCUUCAACUAAGUACGAUUUGUGUUUUCUGGCAGUUAGCGUGUGCGACUUGAAACGAACGACAUGCUCCUGAUCUGCUGCCUCCUCCCGCUCCUGGCGCUACUGCUGUCGCCCGCCUUGGGGAAGCAGUGCGCUCAUUUCUCCCAGGACGACCUGCUAUCCCGUCUCGAGUAUCGUGUUCCCAAAUGCCUCGGCCCAAGUGUAUCCUCUUCCGCGCUGUCAACGUUGACCGAGCGCUUCGUCGCCAACGAGUUCGAUCGCCGCCAGCCGCUGGCGCUCGUGCUCUUUUCCAAUUCCAGCGAUCUGCUACACUCGCUGACUGGCGCUUUGGCCUCCUCGCUUUUCGGAAUAUCUCGCUCCCCACACACAGUACAAAGCGUCGACUUCCAGGCACUUAUCGAACCCUCGCGAACCUCCAACUAUGAAAUUAAGCAGAGGCUGCGAUCUGCUCUGGCCACUCCGUUAGGCUCCUGCCCCGAGCGCAGCCUCUUCGUACUUGACAAUGUCCAAGCCUUGGAUGACGCUGCCCUGCCAGUUCUCGACGUGUUUCUAGACCCUCUCAACGGCAAGCGCGCCCAGUUCCAGCACUAUGACGAGAGCAAAGCCAGUCGCGUUUUCGACUGUACCAACUCAAUCUUCCUAUUCCUGUAUAAGAUCGCAGCUAACAAUUCUCCUUUGGAUGGUGGAGAGAAUGGAUCAAGAGCAUCCAGCAAGUGGCGCGAGUUUUUGAUGCAACAUUGGACUCGCUCCGAAGGAACGAUUGAGGAGUUCACGCCUCAGGCCUUUGUUGGACGACUUACUGAUGCGAUAGCGGUGUUCCCACCUGAUGAAGAUGAUAGUACUGGUACCAGUUACGAUGAAUUCAAACAGUCGCGCGAGUGGCGUCAAAUGUGCGACCUGCAAGCAAAUUACGAAGAAGACGAAGCUGGAGGCAACGAGAUUAUUACAGCUUCAACGCUGUCAAUUGUUGCUGAAAAUGUUGCUGCUGCCACCCCAGUGAUUUCUGGAGCAAUUGUUAUGAUGUCGAUACCGGCAUAUCUGCUUAUUCUGACUCGUGCUAAGCGCUGGAAUGAAGAAACCACUAAGCAACGAGGUCAUAUUCAUCGCCGCCGAAACAGCGGCAGCAGUGGCAGCGCGAGAAGGAAAAGGAGAAGAACGCGUAAAUGAGAAAUUGACUAUAGCUUUAAGAUUAACGGGAAACCGGGAGAAGUUUGUAUUACAGUUCGGGGAUGUCUCUGGGAUGCAAAUAUAUAACAUUUGGGAACUAUGGCGGUUUGGUCCUUUCAGUGUACGAACCUAUGUUGCCCAUUCGUCCGACUUAUCCUAGUAAAUGCGGGCAGACUCUGCAGCAAGUGGAUACAAGUGAAUACCAAGGCGUACACGUGUGAAUUGGUUUGGCAUAGGAAAUUCGGAAACUGAACCGCAGCUUACUGGGCUCGGAUCGCGUGUUCAAGGUGGCUGAUGAUCUACGAUGUGAAUAGGAGAAUACAGGGUAGGUAG